AUGUCCGAUGCCCGCCACUACGACGUGGUCGUCAUCGGCUCCGGCCAGGGAGGCACGCCCCUCAGCGUCGCCUUUGCCCAGGCCAAACACAAGACGGCCCUCGUCGAGAGGUCCCACCUCGGCGGCUGCUGCGUCAACGAGGGCUGCACGCCGACCAAGACGAUGAUCGCCUCCGGCCGCGUCGCCCACCUCGCCCGUCGCGGGCCCGACUACGGCGUCCACGUCGGCGGCAGCGCCCACGUCAACGACGUCCACGUCGUCAUGGAAAAGGUUAGGCAGCGGAAGCGGGACAUUGUCGACAGCUUCCGCGCCGGCAGCGAGCGUAGGCUGCGCGAGGCCGGCGUCGAGUGGAUCAAGGGGUCGGCCUGCUUCCGCGACGAGAGGACGCUGACGGUGCGGGGCGCCGACGGCGGGGCGCCCGAGACGACGCUCACGGCCGAUCGCAUCUUCAUCUGCGCCGGCGAGAGCCCCGCGACCCCCGACGUCGCCGGCUUCGACGCCGCCUCGUUCGCGCCCGCCACCAUUCUCGACUCGACGUCGAUCCAGGAGCUCGCCGUCGUUCCCUCGCACCUCGUCGUCGUCGGCGGCGGCUACGUCGGCCUCGAAUUCGGCCAGCUGUUCCGUCGCCUCGGUUCCGCCGUCACCAUCCUCCAGCGCGCCGGGCAGCUGCUGCCGCGGGAGGACGCCGAUGUCGCCGAGGCGAUGCUGCGCGUGCUGCGCGAGGAUGGCGUCGACGUGCGCCUCAAGACGACGGUCACGGCCCUGCGACCGACGGGCGAUGCGGACGCCGCCACGGCCAUUGCCGCCACCGUCUCCACCUCGGGUGCCGAGGGCCCCAAGCCAGAGCUGCUCGCCUCGCACGUCCUCUUCGCCGCCGGCCGCGUUCCGAACACAAAGGCGCUGAACUUGGCCGCCGCCGGCAUCGAGACGACGGCGCGCGGCCACGUCGUCGUCGACUCGCAGCUGCGCACGUCCAACGCGCGCGUCUGGGCCCUCGGCGACGUCAAAGGCGCACCCGCCUUCACCCACGUCUCGUACGACGACUUCCGCCUGCUGCGCGCCAACCUGCUCGAGAAGGGCUCGCACCCGGCGCCGCUCACGACGGUCGACAGGGUGCUCCCCUACGUCGUCUACACGGACCCGCAGCUAGGCCACGUCGGUCUGCACGAGCGCGAAGCCCGCGCGAAGCUGCCCGGCCGCAAGAUCCAGGUGGCCAGGAUGCCCAUGUCGUACGUCGCCCGGGCCCUCGAGACGGACGAGACGCGCGGGUUGAUGAAGGCCAUUGUCGAUGCCGAGUCGCAGGAGAUCCUCGGCUUCACCUGCUUCGGCCUCGAGGGCGGCGAGAUCAUGAGCGUCGUGCAGAUGGCCAUGGUCGGCGGCGUCAAGUGGACGGCUCUGCGGGACGCCAUGUGGGCGCAUCCCACCCUGGCCGAGAGCCUGAAUAACCUUUGGGGCUUCUUGAAAUAG